GAGCCGAAACGAAACCGAAACAAAAGGCAGAGCGGUAGCAUUUAAAGGGAGAACCGGUGCCGUGAAGCGUUAUCUUAUCACUCAAAUUUAGCUUCGGCACCGUCUGUGUUUCUCUCAUCUCAGCCAUUUCACUUUCCCUGUGAUGGACGCCGAUCCUCCUCAACUUGAUGAUCAUUUGGAACCUUUCAGGGUUUCUGUGAAUCAAAUUCUCACCACAGUCAACAAGCUUGAGAAGCAAGUGACUGAGGUUGAACAGUUCUAUGAAUCCACUGAUAAUGUUCAAGGUAAUAACUCUAAAGGUGGCUCACUUGCAAAAGAGAAGGGCAGGGAGAAGCAUAUUACUGGUACCAAAAAGCCACUGCAAGAUGCAUCACAUACAGAAGCUUCUUCUGCAAAGAGAAUGCAAGAGCUUAUGCGCCAAUUUUCCACAAUAUUGCGUCAGAUAACUCAGCAUAAAUGGGCUUGGCCAUUCAUGGAUCCUGUAGAUGUAGAAGGUCUUGGGCUUCAUGACUAUUAUGAGAUUAUUGAUAAGCCUAUGGAUUUUGGUACAAUAAAAAGCAAAAUGGAAGCUAAGGAUGGCACAGGAUAUAAUAAUGUCCGGGAGAUCUAUGCGGAUGUAAGGUUGAUAUUCAAGAAUGCAAUGAAAUACAACAAUGAAAAAAAUGAUGUCCAUGUUAUGGCAAAGACCUUGCUGGAAAAAUUUGAGGAAAAAUGGCUGCAACUUUUACCUAAAGUUGCUGAGGAGGAAAAGAGACAAUUAGAGGAAGAAGCACAGGCACAACUAGACAUUCAGCUUGCUCUGGAGACCACUUAUGCCAAUAAGGCCAAGGAUAUAAGUACUGAGCUUUGUGAGAUUGAUAUGCAUUUGAAGAGUCUCAAAGAAAUGGUGAUUCAACAGUGCAGGAAACUGUCUACUCAAGAGAAGAAAAUGCUCAUGUCAGCUCUUGGUAAAUUGUCUUUGGAAAACCUCUAUAGGGCGUUGGAUAUAAUUGCCGAGACUAACCCAAUGUUCCAACCUUCUUCUACUGAAGAUGUGGUCCUUGACUUAGAUGCUCAGAGUGACUACACUCUAUGGAGGUUAAAGGCUUUUGUAAAAGAUUCACUAGAAGAGCAAGUAAAGGUCAAUGCAGGCGCAGGUAUUAAUCCUAAUGAUAACCCUGAUGACAAGAAAAACAAGAAGAGGCGAGAUUCUGGUGAUUCUUCGGGCAAGACAAACCCAAAAAGGAAGAAACUAUCUACAUUGUGAUUCAUUAGUUGCAACAUAAGAGACAUUAGUUUAGUGUGAUUGAGUUAAAGUUGCUGAAGACAAUGAGUUGGACAAUAAUGCAAUUGGAACAAUCUGGAAAUCCUUCUAUAGAUAUUCACUGCUAUGUUGAUGAUGCCAAUAAAAUUCCUUAAUUUACAACAUUGUUUGGCCUCAAGUGUGCUUUGUAGGAACUAGGAAGCGAAACCUUUGCAAUUCCAUGAACAUAAUGGAAAUCGUUUACCCGUUGGGUCUAGUUAGUGUUAUCUUGUUCUGAGGAUAUUCUCUAAUUCUCAAGAUUUGAGACAUCUAUGCCUGCAAAUGGUUAGUUACUAUAUGCGUAGAAAGAAAAUCCACGUCGUGGCCAUUAAAUGUGCAGAAGCAUAGGAAAAACUGAAAAAGCUUGCACAAGCACAAGUACCUUAAUGGAGCAGCUUAGAUCACUAAAUUGUAGGGACCUCAAUAUCAUUUUUUAUUUGUUGGCAACAUAUUUGUAUUUGUUAAGAGUUGUGAUGAGAUAUAAACUCGACUUGUACAUGUGAUUCUGGAUGCUUUUUAUUUUUGUUAUCCGUAUGAAUGGAAGAUAAUGUGUGGAGGUUUAUAAUAA